CCCGUAUCCGCCAUUUCAGUUUUUGAAGUUAGUUGUCACCGUCGCUGGAUUGAGUCUGUUAUUCUGUCUCUUUAACGCUCUACAGGAUCCCUGGAGCUCGUUUCCAGCUCUGAGGCGAAGCAGAGGGAGUAAAGUCCGAGGUUAAUGCUUUAUCUCGGAGGAUUGAUGUCCACACGGCCAGCUGCGGAGGUCGCCUGUUUACUCACCGAGCUCUAGGCGCUAAAGUUUUUGUAUGAGUUGAAGCUUCGGCGGAGGAUAACGGGAGGGAGAGCAGGGAAGGCCCGGUGAAGCCUCGGCUUUGAGUGGUUAUCAUGGCCGGAAAUUUUGACGCCGAGGACCGCGGCAGCUGGUACUGGGGUCGGCUGAGCAGGCAGGAGGCUGUGUCCCUGCUGCAGGGGCAGAGGCACGGCGUAUUCCUGGUCCGGGACUCCAUCACCAGCCCCGGGGACUACGUGCUCUCCGUAUCAGAGAACUCCAAAGUCUCGCAUUACAUAAUAAACAGCAUCAGCAACAACCGACAAUCCGGUCCAGGUUUGGCUCACCCGAGGUUCCGUAUUGGCGACCAGGAGUUCGAGGCUCUCCCUGCUUUGCUAGAGUUCUACAAAAUCCACUACUUGGACACCACUACUUUAAUAGAACCCAUCAACAAGUCCAAACACACUUCCUUUAUCAGCGUGGGCCCCGGUGGAGGCCCCCCGCCGCGCCUGGAAGACGAAUACGUGCGAGCACUUUUCGAUUUCCCCGGCAACGACGAGGAGGAUCUGCCGUUUAGGAAGGGCGACGUUCUCCGAGUUCUGGAGAAGCCCGAGGAGCAGUGGUGGAACGCCCAGAACUCUGAAGGCCGGGCGGGGAUGAUUCCUGUGCCGUACGUGGAGAAGUACCGACCGGCGUCUCCGAAUUCAGCGGCGGGGCCCGGCGUACCCGGGGCGCCGCCUGGAGGGAUGGCGAUGGUAGGGAACUCUGACGGCUCUGCGGCCCAGUCCGGUGCUCCUCUGCUGGGAGACCCGAGCCAGUACGCGCAGCCCACCCCCCUCCCAAACCUCCAGAACGGACCUGUCUUUGCCAAGGCCAUACAGAAGAGGGUGCCCAAUGCCUACGACAAGACCGCCCUGGCCUUAGAGGUGGGCGACCUCGUGAAGGUGACCAAAAUAAACGUGAACGGCCAGUGGGAGGGCGAAUGUAAAGGCAAGCGCGGCCACUUUCCCUUCACGCACGUCAAACUGCUGGACCAGAACAAUGCCGAGGACGAGCUCAGCUGAGAGCGGACGGCCGGGCCGCAACCUGGACACUAGUAUUAGACCCUUCCUCACUACUCCCUCCCCCACACGCACCCUCUCCCCCCUCCCCACUCACAGUUUCAUAGAAUCACUGAGAACAGAACAAACAGGCCUUCCAUGGACCCCCGACUCUCACUCCAUUUCUCCCCUCUGAGUACUCACACCUCCUUCAUCCUCCACCUGUGCUGACAUAAACCUGAGAGAUAGACUCUACUGUGGAGCUGUGCACUCACUCCCCUGAUCCGUGGACGUGGAAACACCCUGUAGAUCCUCCUCCUCCCUCUUCUUCUUCACGUCUCCGUCAUGGAUACGUUAUCGACACUCACUCCUCGGGAGACUCCUCGCCGCAGACUUCAACCACUUCCUCUUCCUGUGUUGGAGCCAGUAGAUUACCACUCUGCAGCAAUGUGUCAUUUCUCAUCCUUGCACUCAUCCAUCAUCACGGUUACAGAGCUGCAGAUCCUCUCGUGCUGCGUUCAUGUCCAAUGGGAAAACAGGAAGACGAGUUUGAGAGAGGUGUUUAAAUCAUGGAUGUAUUAUUAAAACCAGAAUACUCCACUUGUAGAUGAGGGCUGGUGUGUACACUGAACAAGGUCCCAGCUUCAGGGUUUACUCCUGAGGUAUGUUGAGAUCACUUCUCAGAUGUUGAGGGAAUUUUAGCUAAAGCACAACCUCCGAAAGUCAAACCUUCAUGGCAUCAUGACACUUUUCUGCUGUUUGAAACGUAAAAAAAAUCUAAAUGUCCCUUUCAUUUUGUGGACGGCAAGGGAAUUUGUCAUUGCAAUACCUGCCGUGUCCACUGGGGUGGCGGUUUACCUCAGAAGUGAUCUCAUCAGAUUAAAACUAUUGAAUUGGAUCAAUUCUUGAAAGACAACAAAGAUCAGGAUCUGGAUAAAACUUCCAGUUCCUGUUGUUCAGACUUUCUUUGGAGGGCUUUAUGCCUUUAUUUUGAAAGGACAGCUUGAGAGAGACAGGAAAUGACGUGCACUAAAUCAUGCCAGGACCAGCCUCUGUACACGGGGCACCUAAGCUACCAACUGAGCCAAGCUGGUUCCCUGUGUUCAACAGUUUUGAGUCGGAUUGAGAAACUCUGAUUAAAAGAAUCCAGAUUAUCCUGACCCUGAAAAAUAUUUAGUUCUUGAUUUUUGGAAUCACUUCAAAGACGGGAUCAAUGAGAGGGAUUUUAAGAUUGUAAAAAAGGAUUUUUCGUCUUAGAAUUAUUCACCAAACGUCUUUAAAGUCAAACAUGUAGUCCUUUUGGAGCGCUAAUAAUCUGGAUUAGGUAUUCUAAAGGUCUGUUUCUGGAAAUGGUCAACCAAAUCCAGACUUUAUUUAUACAACCAGAACAAAAUGAGCCGGAUGACCUGAUCCAGAAUUUAAAAAAGAAGGAUUUCAGCAUCAAAUGAACCUUUAAAACAACCGAACACUGGACAUAAUAAAACAUCCAUGCCUUAAGGUGUUUUUUUGAAAGGAUAGUUUCAAAUUGUUCCAAAAUGCUGCCUCGCUUUCUUCCCAAAGGUUAAAGGAGAUUGCAUCUCUGUUUGAAGGUAAUUUGCUAUUACAGGACAGAUAAAUUAAGAAGUAUAAGAGAAGUAUAAGAGAAGUAAAGUGAACUUGUUGUCUUUAAUCCGUCUGUGGAGCUUCAGUCAGUGUGAGUUUCAUCAGGUGCGAUUAAACCAGAUCACAAUAACUUAAUUUGAACAGGAUUUGUGGUUUGUAACGCACACUGUGUUUAAUAAGUGUGUGCACUGCUCCUUUAAUCAACAGGGUUAAAACACAUGGAAGUACUGAUUGAGUAAACUUGUUCGCAAUCAAACACGAGAGCUUAAGUCCUACUUCCUGGCUUUGUGCUAAGAGUGAGACUUUUGUUCCUUUUAACUUGGCAGGAAAACAAAUAGAAGCAUUUCUAUUAAGAAUAAAUGCAUCGCAGUUAUUCUCAACCCUGGCUCCUUCUCGAUGGUGCCUUCAGGUGUUCAGGAAAUUAGAAACACGUGACACCUGGACAGAAAUGUGUUGCUAAAAUGAUGCUUAAAGGUUUUUAAAAUUUGCAACGUCAGACUGAAGCUGAUUUUUAAGGUUUCUGGAGGUUAGAAGUUUGCAUCUAUAUUUGUUGUAAUUGGACAUGAAUGCAGCAUCACUGUAAGCUCAACAGGACCGUGACAGACAAGAGCAGAGGACCUGUAACACUGCUUUUAACAGCGGGGAGAUUCAACACUAGAACUCUUAUCUCCCAGAAAGACACGCUGCCGACAGGACACCCUGAACACCAAAAUACCAAACACAGGAAACACCUGAGUUGAGACCAGCAGCUUGGAUCGCCUUCAUGUAGUCCUCAUAGCCGUAGACGAGCAGCCCCCCGGGAGGUAAACCUGAGAAACUUCAAGACUAUUAUGAGGUGAUGACAAAGGCAACACUACAUUCAACCUGUAACACCUCCCACCCCGGCUCACCUCAGCCCGACUCACCCAUCUACUAUGACCAAGUACCACCAAGUAGUCUUUUGUAAGAAAAAAGAACAUAUUGUUAUGAAAUGAUGUACUAUGUGAUUAUCAUUACAUGCUAAGAUAUUGUUUUUUGUUAUAUUUGUAGUUUUCUUCAUAGCUGGUUUCUGUUUUUUCUCCGGGAGGAUUUGGGUGUUUUCACUUUUUACUGCUGCAUGUCGGGAGGGAGCGAUGGGUGACUCAAAGAGGGAGUAGGGGGGCCUCAUCUGUUCGCCCCCCAGCCCUCUCGAGGCCACGUGUGUGCUCAUUCUGCGUCUGGAUGAAGUUGAACAGAGUGAAUGUAGGCUGUCCACCAUGUUAGCUCGUAGCGUCUUCUCAUACUUUCGACUCACUGAAUAUUCCUUCGCAGAAACAGACAAACGUUGUGUGUUCACAUCUCGUUAAGGAGACCAUGGUUUUAUUUUGGUACCUGCCCUUUUUCUUUUUAACCAUUUUAUAAUCAUGCCUCCACUUUGCACCCUUUUUAAAAUCAUCCUCCUCUUCCUCUCUUCCCCCUCGGCCUUCUUUAUUUAAAGCCUUCUUCAUUUUAAUGCACAAGCCGCCUCUUUUUACUGCUUUAUUUCUACCUUCUGCCAUGUUUGUGUUGCCAAUCAAUGAGACAAUUAGAAGAGCAAAUUAUGUGUUGGUCCAAAUUGCCUUCCUCCCCCCUAAAAAUGUGUUCCUCUGUUUAUUUUGAAUCAGUCUUUUUGUUGACACCUGACAAUCAUCACUCUGUGUAACAUGAAGCAGGCUUAAAUUUUGCCAGACUUUGAAUUUGAGCUCCUUUGUAUUUUUGGCAGGUGCACUCUCGCCUUUAGGUGGCACUAUCGCAGCAUCCAGAGAAUUCAAAGCAUACUCUGCUGCAUGAUGAGUUUGAAGGAGAUGAAAUUUGGAUUGAAACAGAUUGCACUUACUGCUUUCACGCUCAUCUGCGUCGAUGAUUGCUCUUUUUUUAGGGUUUUUAAUUCUCCUUGAUUUCUCCCACACAUAAGCUCUCAUGACCUUUGAACUUUGCCUGAUUUUCUAUCCAAACUUUUGUUAAAAAUUAUUUUAUUAAGAAAAUAUUUGGCUGACUUCUUGGAAAGUAACUUUUUGUUUACUGCCAGCUUUUCUACGAGGUCCAUCCGUGUGUUUUUGAUCAAAUCACGCUACUCUCUCUCACUCACACACGCACUCGGCAGGUGCUCACCUUCAUGACUCAUCUUAAAAAUUGUGUUGCCAAUGAAACCACCAAGAAGUAUUUUUUUAGUAGCCCUGCAUGAAGUCAUUCAUUUCCUUUCAUGCAAAGGAAGGGGUGGCAAAAAUGCCAACGGGAACUGUGUUAAUAUCAAAUUGUGCCAUUUUAUUAUAACACUAUAUUCUUUCAAGACGAUUGACAAAUUACCUUUUUAUUUUCUGUAGCAUGUAAUGUGUUAAUAUACUAGUAAAUAAAGUUAAACCCAUGACAGAUGA